GUUCUGACGCUAGGAGUGGGAGCUGUCCUCGGUGCUGACGACUCGCUCUGCCGUCUUCGUCCAAUGUGCCUCCAGCUCGCACAGCCAAAAUCCGCUUACAGAGCGUCCGAGUCAAACCAAGACCUACGCGUUUCACUUGAUUACUAUCGCCUGUCCUCUCAACUGCGAAUUCGGCCAAGUCAAUCGGCGAAAAAGCAUCAAGGAUUCAACUUUGCGUUUUAACGGACGUUCAAAUCUCACGGUUUGCUUUCCCUCCCUCCCCCCUGUGGUUUUUUUUUCGCUUCUCCGACACAAGGACGUUAUUUUGCAGCCGCGCGACCUCGAUUUAAGAAGAGAUGAAUUGCACGAGACGAGCUUGUGCGUUGACGAGCAUGCUGGCCGUGUGGCUUCUCGCAGCUGCGGUGGCCGAGAGCCACGGGCGAGGUCCAAAUGAGAGUGAUGGCACCAGGUGGAGGACUGUAGCUUUGAACAGGGGUCACAUCACAUACCCCUCAACUGCCGACACAGAGAGUGAGGUUCACUGGGUCACCACCGCCUUGCCGAUGAACAGCCCAGACCACCGGCCGGUCCUUAAAGACAUGAUGCUUCAUGAGCACCUCCUCAUGAGGGACUUUGAGGGAGACCAGCACUUUUUCAGGAGCGAGGGCUCAUAUCCCACCAGACCAGGCUCCGCGUCCGCCUCGGAUGUAUUGCACCCCGUCACUCAAGUAGUUCCCCACGAGGAUGCUCCAGCCUUCUCAGACAUAGCCUCGACCGCAACGGCAGCUGCCACCUCACCGCUUACCACAUUCUCCCCGACAACACCCAGACCUCUGAUGCCUCUUCUGCAGAAGUCUUCCGAGGAAGGCGACAAGCCGGAGCAAACCGCACACUCCCUCACAACGCAAGUCACACCAAAUAACGACGAAACCCGAGCUACUUCCGUAUCAUCGCAGCGAGAUCACCCUCUUUUUUCCUCCGAAACGAACCUGGCGUCCUCCGAGAUGAGGAUGGAGAAAGGGCGAGCCAAACAAACGCCGAAAGACAAAAGCAAUCAGUCCCUCCCAAACCAAACUCCAUCAUCCCAUACGGAAGCUGCUUCCACGUCAACCUCCGUGAUCACGACAACAACCAUCACCACAGUGCAAACAUCCGAGCCGUGCGGCCUAAAUUUCACCGACCCCGAGGGCAACAUUGAAAUCCUGCAGCAGCUUGACACCGCAACGGAGUGCAACUACUUGAUUACCGUCUACCUGGGGUAUGGCAUCGAGGUUCAGGUUGUGAAUGCAAGUAUGUCAGAGGGGAAGCAAGUGACAGUGGAGGACACGGGUGGUCGAGAAGCCUUUGUUCUUGCCAAUGAGUCAGUCUUGAUACGAGGUCUUGUGCUACGCAGUCGGAGCAACCAGAUCUCCAUCCGUUUCCGUAGCGACCAACAGCACAAAUCAGGGGUCCUUCAGCUCCAUUACCAAGCCUUUGUGCUGAGCUGUUCAUUCCCCAAAGAGCCGGCUGGUGGAGAAGUCUCCGUGACGCACCUUUACGCAGGUGGAGAAGCUUAUUUCAACUGUUUCACCGGCUACAGGUUGAAAGGUCUCAAAAUGCUCACCUGCCGCAACGCCACCACACCCUACUGGAGCGGCAAGGAGCCUCAAUGCAUUGCAUCCUGUGGCGGAAUGAUCAAAAAUGCCACCUAUGGUCGCAUUGUUUCCCCUGGAUUUCCUGGCAACUACAGCAACAACCUGACAUGCCACUGGGUCCUGGAGGCCCCUGAAGACCAACGGCUACACAUUCAUUUUGAGAAGGUGGCUCUGGCAGAGGACGACGACAGACUGCUGAUUAAGAACGGCAACAAUAUUGACUCCCCUCCAGUGUAUGACUCCUAUGAGGUCGAGUAUUUGCCCAACGAGGGAGUGCUGAGCACAGGGCGUUAUCUGUUUGUCGAGUUUACCACGGACGGAACGCUGACCUCCACUGGUGCAGCCAUCAGAUAUGAAGCUUUUGCGAAAGGAAUGUGCUAUGAACCUUUUGUGAAGUACGGCAAUUUCAGCAGCAGUGACUCCACAUAUAGUGUCGGGGCUGUGGUGGAGUUCUCGUGUGAUCCCGGUUACACGUUGGAGCAAGGCUCUGUGGUCAUCGAGUGCGUGGACGCCGAAAAUGCUCAGUGGAAUGAGACUGAGCCAGCCUGCAGGGCUGUUUGCAGCGGCGAGAUUACCGACUCUGCCGGCGUGGUGUUGUCUCCUAAUUGGCCCGAGGCCUACGACAAGGGGCAGGACUGCAUCUGGGGCAUCCAUGUGGAAGAGGACAAGCGGAUCAUGCUCGAUAUUCAAGUACUCAACUUGGGGAAAAAUGACCAACUAACCUUCUACGAUGGUGAUGACCUUUCAGCGAACAUUCUUGGGCAAUACGGCGGCAAACGUCCUCACUUUAAGCUCUACACAUCCAUGGCGGAUGUCACCAUACAGUUUCAGUCCGACCCUGCCACCAAUAUCUAUGGCUACAACAACGGCUUUGUGAUCCACUUCUUUGAGGUGCCGAGGAACGACACCUGCUCCGAAUUGCCCGAAAUCACCAACGGAUGGAAGAGCACAUCCCACCCUGACCUCAUCCACGGCACCGUCGUCACAUAUCAGUGCUACCCCGGUUUUGAAAUGGUGGGCUCCGAGAUCCUCAUGUGCCAAUGGGAUCUCAGUUGGAGCGGCGAUGUGCCAAGAUGUCAGGAAGUGUUGACAUGUCAGGACCCGGGAAAUGUGCAGCACAGUCAUCGAGUCAACACAGGCACUCGCUUUGCCGUUGGAUCUUCAGUACAGUUUUUCUGUAACAAAGGUUACAUUCUGUCGGGCAGCAGCGUCCUUACCUGCUACAACAGAGACUCGGCCAAACCCAAGUGGAGUGACCGGCUGCCCAAGUGUCUUCCCGAAAAGUACGAGCCAUGCAGGAACCCCGGUGGUGCCUCCACCAGUGCACAAAGUUCUGAAAAGGCUUUUUACCAAGCUGGCGAGAUGCUGACCUUCUCCUGCCACCCAGGCUACGAGCUGCAGGGCGAGGCCACAAUUUACUGCAUCCCCGGACACCCGUCACAGUGGAACAGCACGCCACCGGCUUGUCGAGCUUCCUCGAGUCGAUCUGUGAAUGAACACAGGCUGGACGUUGCCAAUACCAAUUAUGGCAUUGAGGGAACCAAUAUUACCCUCGCUGUCUUUUUUCCAAUGGCAAUUAUCAUGGCGGUGGUCCUUGGGAUCUAUGUUUGUGCUGCAAAAUUCCAAGGGAAGUCUAUCAGCAUGCCAACGUCAUCGCCACCGUAUGACAACAUGGCAGACGAGUCCGCCUUCGACAACCCGGUUUAUGACAGAGGACACUGGCAGGCACAUUCUAGAUACUAAAUCUGUCAGCCUGUCAUACUGUUCACAUUGGCGCCACUUCACAACAACUAUGAGGUGAGAUCUCCGGCCGUUGCUGAGAGCACAUCUAACUCACUGUCACCAUGGCCACCAGACCACCAUUUUGACUACCUCUUCCAACCUGUCACACUAUUUCAUUAUCUUCUUGAGGAAUACAUUAUGGCGGCUUUAGAAUGCUUAAACUGGGUAAUGUCGUGUCUCCAUUCAGAGAAACACAGCUGUAUGAUCCACAUAAAAUACUGAACAAUAUCUUCAAAAUGAUGGUUUUGAAUAAUACCACUUAUUUAAAAAAACUACUGCAAAAUACACAUAAUAUUUUGGAAUAUAGAAGUUACAGUCUAUUCAGUAGCUAUGUGAAAUAUGAUAACUAAAGCUGGUUUAAGGAGAUUUCUUUUUACCACUCUGUACCUGCUUUAUUAGGUUCACCUGCACAGUUUAGUAAGAGCCAAUUCCUAAGAUGUAUCCAAAAUUGGACAGGUUUGAUUGAUUAAUUUUUUCGUUGUGGGUCCAGGUGCUUCAAACUGCAGUCCAUCCAUAUUGUGCAGGUGUACCGAUUAAAGUCCGCACCAAAGUGAAUUUAAUGUUGGCCCUUAUGUGUCAGAAUCAUAGCAAAAGCCACUGAUACAUGUAAUAAUUGAUCACAAUACUGCUUCCUGUGGAGUCUAAUGUCACGUUAGCAAAACAAUGAUGAUAUAACUUGCAAUUCAAGCAAAUAAUCAAGCUAUCAACAGCAUUUGUGUAUUGAUUUGGAAUUCUGUUUGUGAUAAUGUUUGGUUAUAUUUUAGGUACCAAAGCCGAAUGGUCUUUCGUCAAAUGUGAGCACGGUGGCACAUACAGAUUUAUCCGAAAUACACAUCUGGCUGGCAUAUAACUUCGCCUUUGUAUAUUACAAAUAAAGACAGAUACUUUGUAUGCUGUACAAACAUGUAUAAAAAUGUUUCACAAAUUAUAUCAACUGCCCUUUGACUGAUUUGUGUGUCUGGUCUUUAUAGGAUUAACGAAAAAAAAAGAUUAAGAGGUGUCAAUUUAGAGACCUUGAAUUGCUCAAGCUUUGCCUUUUGGGAUCUCCCUCUGCACUGUUCAUCUUUUCCUUUGAGGAUAUUGUAAAUAUGUCUUUCCAAGGUCGACUCUGUGGAUCACCAUGGUGAUAUUUUUAUAAACUAAAUUGCUUAUGAGAGAAGGUGAUCACUUGGUUUUUUCUGUAUUUUUAAUGCCCUAACUGAGUAGCAGACCUUGUGGGGAAAAAAGUGGGCUUUCGUUGAAAUCUGUUCCGUACAAAUUCCUAUCAUCUAGCUUUCUGUCAACUUGCCGAUAUGACUGUAUUUUGUCUGCGUGUCUGAAUCUGCUCUUUGUAAAUAAAAUGCCUGUCCAAUA